AUGGCUAAAUGGCAACUAGGAGAUGCCACCGUAACGACGGGUAACCCUGCCGGGAAGGUCGCUGUCGCCACUCUCCCGGAAGAAGCAUUCUGGAAAGGAGCCCUGGACGGCAAUGUCAAGGGUAGUAUAUCCGCGACAUCAGGCGCGAAUGGUGUCGGCGUUGACUACGAGGUCUCAUUCUCGAACCUUCCGAAGGAGGGCGGUCCUUUCAUCUACCACAUCCACGUCACCCCCGUCCCCGAGAACGGCAACUGCACAGCCACACAAGCACACCUGGACCAGUACAUCCGAGGCGAGGACCCGGCCUGCGACCCAACUCGGCCGCAGGCGUGCCAGCAGGGCGACCUGAGCGGGAAGUACGGCAAGAUCAGCGGCAACACGACGGAACCGUUCACGGCCAAGUUCAGCGACCCGUACACGUCGCUGGUCGAGGGCGAGGGCGCCUACUUCGGCAACCGCAGCUUCGUCUUCCACUUCGCCAACAAGACCCGCAUCUCCUGCGCCAACUUCGCCGUCACGAACCCGGGAUCGAACGGAACAACCCCGACGUACCCGUCCGGCAGCGGCGGCGCCAAGACCUCGCCGACCCCGAGCGCCUACCCGAGCAUCCCCGUCACGGGCGCGGGCGCGGCGCUGGAGGUCCUGAAGACGCUGGCGUUCGCGCCGGUCGUCGCGGGGUUCCUUGCGAUGCUGUAG